AUGCCUACGACGCGCAUCGGUCAGCUCGCGGAGUCCCAUUUCGGGGAUUCCGGACGCUGCCUGCAGCUGCUCUCACACGGUUUCCUCAGGAACAUGUCGAUCGUCCACAACGGUCCCAAGCGUGCCUACACUUCUUCGCGCACUGGGAAGACCGGAAGCAUCCCCCGCCUUCUCCCAUCCCGUCGCUCCGCGGCUGCGCCCAUCUACGUCGCGUUUCCAAAGACCGCCCAUGUAUUUGGUGUCGUGCGUAUCACCGUCCACGAGGCGGUCUUAGCGCAUCUCGGAGGCAUUGACCAAUAUACCCUCGUCACAAACUCGGCCCCUGGCGUGCCCUCGUCUUGCGGGCCGUCCCCGCAUUCAAUAGAUCUGAGGGCAUGA